AUGUCUUUGCAUCAAAAUUCAUUCUCGCUUCCACCUGCGGAUGGAGGUAAAGAUGCUUGGAUGGUUCUUGUAUCUUGCUUCUUCAUUGAAGCUCUUACGUGGGGCUUCCCCUUCGCAUAUGGCGUCUUUCAAGACCACUAUAGUCGCUUGCCCGAGUUUGAGGGAAACAGCUCGUUGCUUCCUGCUAUUGGAACCACGACGACUGGCAUCAUGUACUUCGGAGCUCCAAUCGUAUACUCAAUUUGCCGACGCUGGCCGCGCUUCCGCAAAAUAAGCGUUAUCGCAGGGUUUGUCGUGAUCAUCGCUUCCUUGAUCGGUGCCUCCUUUGCCACUACACCAUUCCAGCUUCUAGCUACCCAAGGCAUCUUGUACGGUAUAGGUGGUGCGGCACAUUACUUCCCAGCCUUCCUCUACCUCGACGAAUGGUUUUUCGCUCGCAGAGGUACUGCUUAUGGAAUCGUCUGGGCCGGAGGCGGUGCAGCCGGUCUCGCACUGCCUCUGACUAUGCAAUGGAUUCUAUCCGAAUAUGGCUUCCGCACAGCACUUCGCGUAUGGGCAGUCACCAGCAUCAUUCUCGCCACGCCCGCAAUGUUUUUCCUCAAAGGUCGACUACCCAUCCAUCACGCCUCCACCGGUCCUCAAAAAGUCGAGAUCGGUUUUCUCAAAGACCCAGCUUUCUGGAUAUUCCUUUCUGGCAACAUCAUCCAAGGCUUAGGCUACUUCCUACCGACUUACUAUAUGCCUUCUUUCGCUCGCGCUGUAGGACUCAAACCUAUCGCCGGCACCAUCGCCGUUUCCCUGACAAAUGUCUCUACUAUGCUGGGCUCGGUCAUUGCAGGAUGGUUCGUCGACCGCUAUCACGUCACCACAGGCGUAAACAUCUGUAUCCUCGGCACCUUAAUCUCCAUCUUCCUCUUUUGGGGUUUCGCAAUCUACGCACCUAUGUUAUACAUCUUUGCCAUCUUAUACGGCAUUUUCGCCGGCGGGUUUGCAUCCACAUGGGCAGGCGUCAUUGCCCCCUUGAAACACAAAUGCCCAGGUGUAGAGACAGGAAUGGUGGUUACGCUUUUUGCGGCUGGGAAAGGUUUGGGUUCUGUAAUUUCUGGGCCGUUGAGCGGUGCGCUUGUUGAUGCUGAUGGCUGGAGUGGGGGUGGGGGGUUUGCUUGGGGUAGUGGGUAUGGGUUGUUGAUUUUGUUUACUGGGUGUACGGCUGCUGCGCAGAUUGUGGGGUGGUUUGGCAAGCAAGCUGGGUUUGUGAAAUGA